CCCCUGCAGGGAGUGCUUGAUGCCCCCUCCCUAUGCCCCUGUCCCGUUGGCUGAGAUCUGUGGGGGUCUUCUUGCUGCCAGCCCCCUGCUGGGUACCCCAGGAGAGAUGGCUAUGUUCCCUACGGAGGCCUUCUCUGGUGCAUUGGUACCCAGCCCUGGGGUCCUGGCAUGGUGCCCGCUGCUGGUGCCAAGUGUGGACAAAUGAGCUUCGAACAUUUUGCUCCUCUCUCAGAAUGAAUGGAGACCAGAAAUCUAAUGCUUAUGCCCAAGAGAAGCAGGAUUUCAUCCAGCACUUCUCCCAGAUCGUCAAGGUGCUGACUGAGGAUGAGAUAGGGCACCCAGAGACAGGAGAUGCCAUUGCCCGGCUGAAGGAGGUCUUGGAGUACAAUGCCAUUGGAGGCAAAUACAAUCGCGGGUUGACCGUGCUGGUAGCAUUCCAGGAGCUGGUGGAGCCAAAGAAUCAAGAUGCUGACAGUCUCCAGCGGGCCCUUACUGUGGGCUGGUGUGUGGAACUGCUUCAAGCUUUCUUCCUGGUGUCAGAUGACAUCAUGGACUCUUCCCUUACACGCAGGGGGCAGACUUGCUGGUAUAAGAAGCCGGGCAUAGGUUUGGAUGCGGUCAAUGACGCUCUGCUCCUGGAAGCAUGUAUCUACCGCCUGCUGAAGUUCUAUUGCCGGGAGCAGCCAUACUAUCUGAACCUGAUUGAGCUCUUCCUGCAGAGUUCCUAUCAGACCGAGAUUGGGCAGACCCUGGACCUCAUUACAGCUCCCCAGGGCCAUGUGGAUCUUGGCAGAUACACUGAGAAACGGUAUAAAUCUAUUGUCAAGUACAAGACAGCCUUCUACUCCUUCUACCUGCCCGUUGCGGCUGCCAUGUACAUGGCAGGCAUUGAUGGAGAGAAGGAACAUGCCAAUGCCAAGAAGAUCCUGCUGGAGAUGGGAGAAUUCUUUCAGAUCCAGGAUGAUUACCUUGACGCCUUUGGGGACCCCAGUGUGACAGGAAAGAUUGGCACUGAUAUCCAGGACAAUAAAUGCAGCUGGCUGGUGGUUCAAUGUCUGCAACGGGGCACUCCAGAACAGCGCCAGAUUUUGCAGGAAAAUUACGGGCAGAAGGACGCCAAGAAGGUGGCUCAGGUGAAGGCACUUUACGAGCAGCUGGACCUGCCAGCUGUGUUCUUGCAGUAUGAGGAAGACAGUUACAGCCGCCUUAUGAGUCUCAUCCAGCAGUAUGCUGCACCCCUGCCAUCUACCAUCUUCUUGGGGCUAGCCAACCAGAUUUACAAGCGGAAAAAAUGACCUAGAGACUGCAAGGGCUGGGAGGGAGUGCUCUCAAUAAAUUAUUGUCCAACCUUC